CAAAAAGAUUUGCAAAAAAUCUUCCAUUUCUAUCCAUAUAUGUAUGCAUAAAUCUUUAGGAGAGAGCAGAAGUUUAUCAUUAAAUUAAAGAGGAAGAAGCAUGGGAGGAGGAGCCAUGGCAACACCACCAGUUGGGGCGAUGAUUGGUGGCGGAGGAGUGCCCUCCGACCACCGCACCAUCCAAAGACCAACCACCACUAACCUCCACUCUCACCUCCCUUCUUCUUCUUCUUCUUCUUCACAUCUCAAUCAGCCACUCUCAUCAUCUACAAGAUUUGAGCCUAUGGAUGGAAGAGAUGAUCAUAAAACCACGAUUCGCACUCACUCUUCUCACUAUGGCUCUGUUUUCGGGUCUGUCCCUUCUCGGACUGAAGUCCAGAAAGCCAUAUCUGAUCUUCAAAGGUUCAUGCAUGGGUUUUGUUCACCUGAAUAUGAGUGGCUUCACCAGAUAUUGCACCUUUACGAUCCAAGAAUGUUGAAAUCUCUCGGUUAUUAUGGAAGAGUUGAUGAUGCUUUUCGCUUGCUUCAAUCAGAGCCCUCUGUUCAGAGAAUGGUGACUUCUAUAUCAUCUGACAAAGCAGUGUGGGAUGCUAUAUUGAACAACGAGGCAGUUCAGAAUCUCCAGGAGUCACUCUACACAGCUAAAGAGGAAAGGCCUCAGAGCUCUAGUGUAGAAUCAGACUUGGCUACACUGCUAGUAAACUGGAUUUUGGACAUAACGAAGGCAAUAGUUCUGGAAAUCAUUGAGAAGUUCAGCUCACUUGUGAACAAGAUAUUUCAACUUCCCGAGAAAAAAGAAAUCAAUGCAGAAAUCACAGAUCAAUUGGAUGACAAACUCAUAUCCUCAUUGCUUCUCUCCAUUCUGAUCCUUCUGAUCGUGGUCGUAACUCGUGCCCACGGGGCUUAGUUCAUAGUUUCAGAGUGCAUUCUCCAUUGAAUCAUAAGACAGGUGACAGUUACUGUAUAUUCAGUAGCAAGGCUUGAUAACAAAGAUCACAACAUACAAUUUAGUAAUAAUGCCAAUAUAUUGAGAUGCAAUUCCAGUAAUUGUAUUACUGUGUUACUUACUAUUCUGAUAGUUCAAAUGGUUAAUUUAUUCCAUAA